AAACCCCACCUGAGAAGGUAAACGAAAUGGAAACCGAGACACCGCGGCCAGACAACUCCGCCGUGGAGAAGUGCCUUAACUUAAGUAACACAAGCAGCAUAUUAGGCCUCUCGGGUAAAAAGUAGUGGGACGCACAGUAGUCCUAGGUGAUUUUUUCGUUGGCUACGUCACAGUCGCGUAAAGCACAUUUCGAAAAAUUCAAAUUCGGUGCGUGGUGUGGUAUUAACAUCUCGUCGUCGAUGUUAAGACGUCUUACUCGUCGCUCGGCCGGGGCGUCGCGACGAUGCACAACGCCGGUUAAAACAAAUCAAAUAAUCGAAAUUUGUGUGUAUGUAGUUUUUCACUUGUGUUUAAAAAUAUAAAUUUUGUGAGGAAAUUUCUGGUUUAAAACUUGUUGAAUUAAAACUUUUUAAUCAUGGAGAAGUUAAGCGAAGGUGACGAAUUUCAAGACGUGGUCUCUGAAGAGAUACGCAAGUUCGGUUUGGCCAAGAUGAAGUUUCACGACAAUGCCACUUUCUGCCCUAAGGAUAUUCCGUCGAUUUCCGAAUAUUUAUCUGCAAUAAAUAUCUAUGGCAUAACACUACUGACCUUAGGAGGCUUAGCCGUUAUCCUGGUGCUCGUCAUCUUCAUAGACACACUGAAAUACAUCAUGAAGAACUCUUCGUCGCGAGUGAAAGCGCACUCCGCGUUUGUGAUCGGCGUAUAUCCGGUCGUGGCAUUAGCUACAUUUUGUGCUACAUUAGUACCUCGAGCUCAUCUCCUCGCUGAAGCAGUGACGCAAGGUAUUUUCAUGGCUGGAAUGUAUCAGCUCUUCUGCCUGUUCGUCGCUUAUUGUGGAGGAGAAGCUGAACUCAUCCGUAGAGUUAAACCCGACGCACUUAAUCCUAAAGUUGGUCCUUGCUGUUGCUGGCCGUGUUGUUGUCUACCACAAUUUGAUAUCACAAAGAAUCGUGUGAGAUAUUUAAGAUUACUAGUUCUUCAAUUGCCAGUCGUACAAGGACUUGUAUAUAUGACUCUUCUGGUGAUGUGGGCCGAACGUGAAAGCCUUUAUAGAGUAAAUUACAUGUAUUUUCAACCGAUAAUAAUCAUUUCAAUAUUAUUCGGCGUGUGGGGCAUGUCAAUGACGAUUAACUUGUUGAAAGACGUUCUAAAGGAUUUCUCAAUGCCAGCAAAGUUUAUGGUAUUGCAACUUGUCCUUCUCUUCGCCAAAAUGCAAGGUUUAAUCACCAAAAUUAUCGCUUGGUCAGGACUUUUGCCUUGCAAACCGCCAAUUUCAUCAGAAGUUUAUGGAAAUAUUAUACACAACGCUCUGAUGUUGGUUGAAAUGGUUCUGUUGGGCUUCAUUGCUCGUCGAUUGUACAAAGAAGUUCUUCCUGACUUCGACACGCCAUGUUGCGUGAUUACCACAAUCGGCUCCAUCAUCAACAAAGAUGGCUACAAGCAGCAGAUAGUGCCCUGCAAUGGAAAUAACAACAACAGCAUCAGCAACAAUAAUAAUGCGAUUGUUAACAACAACGAUGGUACUAACAAUAAUAACACUGUGACGAUUCAACCACUAAGAGAACUCCGAGUGGAUGUUGUUAGCGAUAGUACUCGAUGCUAAUUUUUGCUGGACAUUUUGUUGGACAGGCUGAAAUGCUCAAUUUUCAUUAAUUGUUUUUGUACAUAUUUUAUUAUUAACAGUCUCAUAGGUUGGAUAGCAAAUAUUCAUUAAUAUUGUAUUAAUAUUAAUAUUGUGAGCUUGUUUGUUUGUAUGGUUAAGUUUGUAAUAUAUUAUUGAAUAAAAUAGAAGUUACUUAAGAA